UAUCACCGCCAAGUCUUGGUCGUCUUCUUCACCUUUUUCACCGACUUGGGCGUGGAGUUGGUGUUCUGCACAAACUCUCGCUAUGAUGAAGAAAGGAGGUCAAAAAGGGAAACAAAAGCAGGAUUUAAGAGACGAGAAAUGGACUGUUAAACCCUUAAACGAAGAUGAUCAAAAUUUCACAACACCAGCUCACCAACAACAUUCCAAUCAAGAAACGGCAACACAAAGUAUCGACUUUUCAACAAUACCUAUAUCAGAUUUCAUCUCAACUUCUUCAAAAUCAUCUUCUAUUCGUAGAAAAUCAAAGAGGAUUGGUCGAAAUAGAAGUGCCCGUGUUGUCGAAACACCAAAUUCUCAUAUGGGGACUUCUGAUUUUAACAAAGAAGAGGUGGUGGCUGAGGAACAUGAUGUGAUCGAGAGUGAGAAAUCUGGAGAUGGGUUUGCUUCAGAAACAAAGAAUGAUCAUAGAGAGCAGGUAAUUGAGGGUUCUAGUUCGUUUGAGGAAGUAAAUUGUAUCUCUAGUCGCUUGGAACAGCUUCAGUUGUCUGCCCAAGAACCUAAACUGUCUGAAGAACAACUUACAAUUAAUCAACAGUUGCAGGAAGAUGAGAUACUAGCGAUGGAGGCCAUAUAUGGUGAGAAUGUAGUAGUACUCGAGAGAGACGACGGCUUACGAUCUUUUCAGAUAAAUAUACAUAUUGAGCUUCCUGAUGAACUUAGAAUAGCUACAAGACUUUUGUCUGGUGGGAAGGUCAAAUUUGGAGGAAAAACCAGCGACGCAAUGGCCACAACUGAUAGUUCGAAUGAGUUCUUUUAUACAUUUAAAGUUCAGUAUCUUCCUCCGAUGGUACUGACAUGUUUGCUACCCAAGUCAUACCCAAGCCACAUUUGUCCUUAUUUUACCAUAUCAGUUCAAUGGUUGAAUUCCAAGAGGAUUUCCAAUCUUUGCCACAUGCUGGAUACUAUUUGGACGGAUCAAUCGAAGCAAGAAGUUAUAUAUCAAUGGGUAGAAUGGUUACAGGGUUCAUCUCUUUCUUACUUAGGGUUUGGUGACGAAGUAAUUCUCGGUCCCUAUAACAAUCCAGAUGAUGUUGGUGGAGACAGACGUGCUUUAUCUGAGAGUGUUUCUCCAGAUACUGAUAUACCUUCAUUGAUGAAUUACAACGACGAUAAAUGUCAUGAAGUUUUUCGUCAAAACCUACAUGAAUGCUGCAUUUGUUUUAGUGAAUAUACAGGCACUGAUUUUGUAAGACUGCCAUGUAAACACUUUUUCUGUUGGAAGUGCAUGGAGACUUAUUCAAAAAUACAUGUAAAGGAAGGUACGAUAAACAAGUUACUCUGUCCUGAUUCAAAAUGUGGAGGCCUCGUUCCACCUGGUUUGUUAAAACGCCUGCUUGGGGGUGAAGAGUUUGAUAGGUGGGAGUCACUAUUGUUACAGAAGACACUUGAUUCAAUGUCCGAUAUAGUCUACUGCCCUAGAUGUGAAACAGCUUGCUUAGAAGAUGAAGAUCACCAUGCUCAGUGCCCAAAGUGCUUUUUUAGCUUCUGCAGCCUAUGUAGAGAGCGGCGUCAUGUAGGAGUUUCAUGCAUGACACCUGAAAUGAAACUUCAGGUCUUGCAGGAGCGCCAGAAUUCAUCUCAACUCAACAACGAUCAAAGGCGCAAGGAGCGUGAGAUGAUUAAUGAGCUUCUUAGUGUGCGAGAAAUACAUCGUGAUGCUAAACAAUGUCCUACUUGCAAGAUGGCAAUCUCCAAAAGUGAAGGUUGUAACAAGAUGGAAUGCUCGAAUUGUGGACAGUACUUUUGCUAUCGUUGUAACAAUGCUAUCGAUGGUUAUGAUCAUUUCAAGGAUGGUGGUUGUGUCCUGUUCGAGCUUCAAGAAAUUCAACAGUGGCAAGAACGGAUGAAUGGCCGGCAGAUGUUAGGUCAGAUACAAGCUGAACUCUUUGCAGAUCAGGCUCACCAUUGCCCCAAUUGUGGUCAAAUGAAUGCUAAGGUUGGGAACAACAAUCACAUCUUUUGCUGGGCUUGCCAAAGCCAUUAUUGCUACUUGUGCAAAAAGAAUGUCCGGCGCAGCUCUCAACAUUAUGGACCUAAGGGCUGCAAGCAACACACAGUUGGAUGAAGUUUUGUAUGGCGAAUUCGUCAAGGUUGGUUUCAAUUGAUUAAAAUUAAAUCCAGUAUAGGGAUCAGAAUUAAGCUCGUCCCUUAAUCAACUAACAUCAUUGGUUACUGGAAGUCCAUUUACGCAGAUAUUCUUUCUCCGAGCAAUAUUGAAACUCCAUUGUAUGAAAUAGGAUACAUUUUUGUCGUUGUUUGUUUAAUUUGCUGAGUUAUCUUGUAAACGUUUCCUUGUUUAAGGUUCUUCCAAUUUGUUUUUCAUGUUUGUUUGGAAUGAGUAAAACAAAAUAUCUUUAUUUAUGAGGAAAAAGAAAUUUGACUGUGCCA